GAGGGUGGAGUGGAUGGAGGGGAGGGGAGCUCAGGCUCGGCUCAGUGCUGCAGCUGGACGGCGGAGCGGCUCGUGUUGUGCUGGGCACGGGGCGAGAUGCCGCCUGUGACAGCGGGGUGGGAGUCAUAAUGAUGAACGCCUUCAGUUAAGUGAGUGCUGGGAUGGACGAGGAAGGUUUACCCGGUGGAAUAACAGUGUGCCGUUGUGCCUCUUGGCUCCGAGAUGGUGUCACCUCUGUGCGCUUUUCCCUCUGCUAUCCGGACAGGGGACACUGGCAGAGAAGUGACACACCGGCGUCGGAAUUUACGCAAUUAUCAGUCCGAGAAUAGACGAGCGAGGGAGUGAGAGGAGCACUGUCAUGGAGAAACAGAGCAGAGUCAAGGAGGAAAUGCCGACAUCGAAGGAGGAGAAGCGCAAAGAGAAGAAGCCCAAAUCUGGGAAGCUUUUCCGAAAGAAAUCUUUGAAGUCUGUGGGGAGUUUUAUGAACAGAAUCAUCAAAACUUUGGGCACUUUCGCCCACUUUGGAGACGCCGACGCGCAUGACGCGGAGGACGACGACGGCGGGUUUCGGAAUGGCGCACCUUGCACCCUCAGCGCCAGCUCGGGGAUCAUCAUCAGAGAGGACGUACAGGUGUCUUGGGACCGAGUGGUAAAAAACACUUCGAGCACGUCUUCGUCUCUGUGCGCAGGCAGAGAGAAACUCCUGUGCCAGUACGGGGAUAAAAUCCCGGGCGUGCUGGGGCUGAAGAACCACGGGAACACCUGCUUCAUGAACGCCGUGGUCCAGUGCUUGAGCAACACGGACCUGCUCGCAGAGUAUCUCGGGUUGGAGCGGUACAAGCUGGACCUGAGUCAAACCGGUUUAAACGGGGUGGUGAGGAGUGAUGAGACCCGGCUCGUUAAGGGAGAAGUCACCGAGCAGUUGGCAUCACUUGUCAGGGCUCUGUGGACUCUGGAGUACACCCCACAGCUGUCUGUGGACUUCAAGGCUAUCGUGUCCAAGUAUGGAUCACAGUUUCGUGGGAAUUCCCAACACGAUGCCUUGGAGUUCCUCCUGUGGUUGCUGGACCGCGUCCAUGAAGACGUCAAUCUGGCCUCCCACAACAACAACAACAAGCCCAAAGCUCUCGGAAAGGGCCCCGGUGGAGCUGAGGAGGUGCUGUCUCCUGACCCGUCCCAGUCCCAUCAGUCCGGCGUCCAGCACAGCUUUGUCCAGGAACAUUUCCAGGCACAGUACAAAUCUUCGCUGACGUGCCCACACUGUCUCAAACAGAGCAACACCUUCGACCCUUUCCUCUGCAUCUCGCUCCCCAUUCCUCUUCGGCAAACCAGGCCGCUGUGUGUAAUCCUGGUGUUCAGCACCAAAGGACAGAGGUACCUGCGGGUCGGGCUGGCUGUGCCUCUGUUUGGCUCCGUGGGCUGCCUGAGGAGGAUGGUGGCUGACGAGGGGAAACUUUCCCCAGACCAGGUGAUCCUGACAGAGGUUUACUCCACAGGCUUCCAUCGCUCCUUCUUUGACGAGGAGGAUCUGACCAGCAUCGCCGAGAACGACGUCAUCUACGCCUUCCAGGCCCCGCCGCUCUACAUCCGAGGAGGCUCCGCACGGAUCUCAGGUAGCUGCGUGACUGAAGGUUACCAUCACAGCCUCCCGUCGUCUCCGUACUCCACCGGUCCCGAGGGUCAGAGGUUGCCUUCAUCUGGGGCGCUGUCGUCAGAGUUCCUCAACCAGGGCGUCCCCGUAAAGAUCUUAAUGUUGGUGUGCAACGCUGCAGGAGCAGGCCAACACACUGUUAGGUUUGGACCUCCAUUCCUAAUGAGGGAGGACCGGUCUAUUUCCUGGGACCAGCUGCAGCAGAGCAUCCUCAGCAAGCUUUAUUACCUGAUGAUCAAUGGAGCUCAGGCGCAGAAUACCAGAGUGCUGUUCAACAUCCGUGUGGUGGGAGGAUCUGCGUUUUACAGCUACCUGUCACCUCAGGACGGACGGCCACUCUACCACCCCGCUGUCGACAGAGCUCUGAAGCUCUGCGGCUCAGGAGGACCUCCACAUGUGAAGCUCAUCAUCGAGUGGGAGCACAGAAUCAAAGACUGCCUGUUCGGUAACAUUCAGGAGGAGGUGGUGAAGGAUGCAGAGAGCGUGAGGAAUCAGCAGCAGCAGCACGUCCAGCAGUACAGCUGCACCUUGGAUGAGUGCUUCCAGCUCUACACCAAAGAGGAACAGCUUGCCCCAGACGACGCCUGGAAGUGCCCCCACUGCAAGCAGCUGCAGCAGGGCAUGGUGAAGAUGAGCCUGUGGACGCUGCCGGACAUCCUCAUCCUCCACCUGAAGCGUUUCCGGCAGGUGGGAGAGCGGCGGAACAAGCUCACCACGUUCGUGCAUUUCCCCCUGGCCGGUCUGGACAUGGCGCCUCACAUGGUGAACCGCAACCACGGCACCCAUCCACCGACCCUCCAGCCUGGAUGGAAACCGUCCCGACGACCUGACCUGGCUGCUCCCAACUUCCCGUACGAUCUGUAUGCUGUGUGCAACCACCACGGAGGGAUGCAUGGCGGACAUUACACAGCCUUCUGUAGGAACUCGGUGGACGGCCAGUGGUACAGUUACGACGACAGCAGCGCCGAGCCGGUUCCAGAGGCGGAAGUGUGCACACGUGGAGCUUACAUCCUCUUCUAUCAGAGAAGAAACACCAUCCCCCAGUGGUCUGCCAGCUCCUCGGUCACAGGUUCCACCAGCUCAUCCGCCUCCGAUCACUGGCUGGUCCGGCUGGCGGGGGGCAGUAAGAGGGGCAGCGUGGUGUCUGGAGGACCCAUCCCUGGACCCCCGGGGCCCGUACAGGCCCCAGAGUCUCCUGAGCUGCCAGUGUUUGGAGACGAACCCCCCAAAACUGUAGAAACAAACGGGUUUGAGGCCAAGCCGUUUGUCCGUGGGACUCAGGGCCGGAGUGUGAGCAUGAGGUCACCCACGAAGCCCAAGGAGUCUCUGAACAAAGUUCUGCCGCUGCGGUGGUCGUUCGGCUCCAAGGAUCGCAUUAAACCUCCGGCCCAGACUCAGCCUGGAGAGCUGGUGGAGUACCUGGAGUCUGGGCGCCGGCCACGAUGUACCAAAGACCCUAUCAUAACACUGGUGGCCACCCCACCACAGAGGAACGCCCAGGGAAGAGCCUUUGAAGUAGGACAUGACUGCAGCUCACCGAGCAGCAGCAGUCUCAGCUGUACGGACAGACUCAGCUCCGACACUUGUUACUCCCCUAAAAUACCUGCAGGGCAGAGCAGAGUCUGCAACAACGGCAACGUCAAAGCCAGGGAUUAUGGCUCUCUGAGACAGAGGUCAUCUAAGAGAACCAGGCAGGACCAGGGCAGGACCCUGGACCUCCAGCUUCAGCUCCAGAGAGGGGCUAUUCUCAUGGGUCAUAUCAGCCACAGCGCACCUCCAAGCAGAGAUUCCACAUUGAGAAGGACCAAGGUCCACACCGGGGGGACCUCCAGGCCACAGAAAGACUUGUUACAGAUGGUCGUCCAACCAGAGGACAGGAGGGGUCAGAGGGGACAGGAGGGCCGCAGCCACGACAGCCUCUUGUCAUUUUUCAAACCUGGUUUCAUGAAGAAAGACGUUCCUGGGUCACCAAACCAGAGGCAAGACCGACGCGUGAACGGCCACGGACAUCUGGGAAAGCUGGCGAGCAGUAAUCUAGCCAAACUGUCGAUGUCCAAUGGGACUCUGACCACGGCGGCACUAGAAGAGAGGAAGGCCGGCGUCGCCCCGAGCUGCGACGGCCAUAACUGCAAAGUCCAGCUAGUCAACGGGAAGGCCGGGCAUCACGACCCCGUGGACAUCAAGCGCGCCCACAGCUCCAGCAACAUCCAGUCCAAGUUGGAUCUGACGUUUCGCAGGUGUGCCUCCCUGCAGAGGAACGGCGAAGCGGUGGCCCCUCCGGCUCACCGCGUCCUGCUGUCAGACAAGCCCAGCUACGCCACUCUGCAGCGGACUCGAUACAGUACCACCUCCCUGGGUAGGCGCAGACCCGUUGCUGUAGAUCCAACCAAGUCGUUUGAUGUGCCUCUGUGACAGCCCAGAGUGUCUGUUGAACAUUUGGACCUCUCUACUGAUUUCUACACUCGUCAUCCAGAGAAAGCUCCGAGCCGGGUCGAGGCGUCGCUGGAAAAAGAAAACAUAGUCUAUCUUCUCGCUCCCCUUCAUAGUACUGUUCUAAGUUCUUACCUGUGCGUGUCUUAAACUAAAAAUCUAUGCAGAGUUGAAUUUACUGAGGAGAUAAUAAUAACUGCUGUAACGUGUGUUGUUUUUUUCUUUCUCUCGUUUUGUUUUUGCAAAAAGCAGUCUACUGUUUAAUUUUUGUUUUUAGUUUUAUGAUCAAUUUUUGGAAAGUUUGGAAGAGGUUGAUUUGGUGAAUUUGCAUGUUUUUAGCCCAUUAUGCUUUAAAAAAAAAAAAAAAACAUGUGAU